ACAGUCCAAUUCUUUAAGUGACACAAAUCGCAAAUAUGUUUUCAAAAGUAUUUCUCUUUUUUUUGUUAUUUGUCAGCUUUGAAUGCGUCAUUUCGUUCAGAAUGAAAUUGAAAACACUGAAUAAUAAGGAGAAAGAAGAUCUAAAAACAUUGGUGGAAUCACUGGCAGACCGUGAAUACACAUUUUUGUCAUUUUGCGAUGUGUGGAAAAAGAACGCAGAUUUGGAUCUUGAAAAAUUAUCCAAAUAUCAGCAUCCAUAUUCGCAGUUUAAGUUUAUUAAAAAUAUUAAUGUACAACUAGAAUCUGUACUAGAGGUAGAGAAGAAGAUUAGUGAUGAUUUUCAUAAAAUUCGAAUAAUCUACAGAAAUUUUGACUGUAAAAGUGAUGAAGAGCAAGUGAAUAUUCAAGGGAAAAUUGUUGCGUUGAAGGUUCAGAUCGAUGCUUUUAUCGACAGCGUUUUCAAAAUUUAUCGAGAUUUGGAUAGCAACCUAAAAGCUGAGAUAGUUAAAAAACAAAAUUCUCAAUUGCUGCCAAAUUAAUUUUUGUCGAGUAUCAUUUAUGGUCAAGUAUAAUUAUAAAAUAAAAACUCAAGGUUUGUGGACAGAGUGAUGAGAUUUUGCGAUGAUUCAAAGCCUCACAUGCGUAUAUUCGACAUUAAACUAUGGGUAUUUUAAAGAAUAAUGAAAAUAAUUGUGACUUCCAAAUAAUUGCACUACUGUCUUCAUUUAUCGUCGAAAUAUAUUAUCUGUUGAAAACGUGGUCUUAUUGAUGUAAGACAUAAUGCAUUUGAUCACAUUGGACAUCUUAAAUCUUAAGAAUAUAUUAUUUUCAGAGG